AGUUUGGUUGUUCGCGCCGUGGCGUGUCGAUGUUGUUGGUUUCCUUCUCGCGUGGCCAGUGUGUGUUUCUGUCUUCUCUCUCCUGUUUGUGGGUGCUGCUGUUAUAUGCUUUAAGGGGUCGCCCCUUCAAUUCGAGCGCUCACACACGAUUCCCGUGAAAGAAGGCGCUAGUUUUAGAUAAACACAACCAUCCUCUUGCACUGUGACGAUUGAUUUAGGCGACACAUGGUGGUGGGUUGUGUUUGGUGUUAAUUCGUGAGAACAUGGAGGAGAAUCCUCUGCAUUUGGGCAAUUGGUGGUGAGGCGAAAAAAGAAAACGGCUCUGUGCCAGUGUGUUUGUUCUUCCAUUGCAACAAGAAGAGAAAAUAUUAAUUGUUGAAACCGAAAAUAGUGUCUUUGUUCGACCCCCCCCCCUGGGUGUUGUUCUUGAGAGAAGAAAAGAAAAUAUUUAAUUAAAAAAAAAAAUAAAUCGUAAAUACUGAAGCAGCUGUGUGCAAUGUGAAAGGUAGAUUAGCUAGAACGGUUAGACAGUUAAUAAUGUUUGACAGUUGCAAGUGUCAGAACGUUUUUCUAUCUGUCACCUAAGUGUUCAGUAACUUUGAAUUCUAACCGUUUUUGGCAGUUUUUCCGCCGAGUGAUUUUCGUGGUAAAUGUGUGCUCAAUUUCGUAAGCAAAAAGUCAGCGCAAUAGGAAAUUAUUUGCGGGUGGCGUACUAAAACGGGGAGUGAAGAGCUAGCUUAAAUAGGGGGUGUGUGAGUUGUGUGUGUGGAAAAAAAAGAAAAAAGAAUUGUGUAAAGUGAGAAAAGAGAUCCAUUAAGAACACUCGCUGGGAAAUAAAUUGUUUUAACUGAAAGGCAAAAAAAGGAAGAAGAAAAAAAGGAGAAAAAAGCACACGAUGAUGUGAGAAGGUCUCCUAUAUCCAAAUGGAUAGGCCAACCUUUUAUUUUCAACACUCUGCACCUACUAAAGUGAAUUGAUUUCUUAAGCAGUGUGUGCCAGCCUACAAAUCUCUCAUUCUUACGUAACAAACGGAUACUUCGGACACUUCACUCCCAACACCUUCCUUAAACAUUCGUCGUCGUUUUUUUUUUGGAGCCACCAAGAUGGAUAAAUCGUGCACACUCUACUGUCUACUUUUUCUCCUUCUCAACGAUUUAUGGACACUCGUUGGAGCUCAACAACGCCCUCGAAUUCUGGAGCACCCAGCUGAUGCCGUGGCAGCCCGUGAGGAACCCCUAACGCUCAACUGCAAGGCAGCAGGACGACCAACACCUGAGAUAACAUGGUUUCACAACGGGACACCCCUCGUGCCGUCAGAGAGAAGGGUCGUCCUACCGGAGGGAUCCCUCUUCUUCCUCAGAGUAAUGCAGAAUAAGCGAGAUCAUGAUGCAGGGACGUACUUCUGCGUAGCUGAGAGUUCAGCAGGAAAGGCUGUAUCCCGCAAUGCAACCCUGCAAAUUGCAAUGCUCAGAGACGAAUUUAGGGCUGUACCGAAGAAUACAGUGGCCCUAGCUGGGGGUCCCGUGGUACUCAACUGCACGCCACCCCGUGGAAUUCCAGAGCCAUCGGUUUUGUGGUACAAAGACGGCAAAUUGUUGGAGAUUAGCGGCAAAAGACUCUCAAUGGUUGAGUCAGGGAGCCUCAUGAUAUCAGAAGUAUACAGUUCUGAUGCUGGAAAGUACGAGUGCACAGCUCAAAGUAUGGCUGGUAGUAAAUCCUCCCCACCGGCUAUUUUGAGUGUCUUGGCGCCCCCGACAGUUGUCCGGGGGCCCCAAGAUACGGAAGUUGUCGAGGGUGAAGGUUUAGAUUUACCAUGUGAGUUGACUGGUGACCCAAAGCCAACAGUUUCGUGGCAUCGGGAGAAUGGGAAUCUCCCGGAGACAAGAUCCCGCAUCCUCCUUGACAAUACACUAAGAAUUGAAGAUGCUCGCCCGGAGGAUCAGGGCCGAUACAUCUGCAAGGGACACAACGAGGGUGGAAAUGUCUCGGUGGCCGUAAAACUUUACGUUUAUGCAAUUCCAACGUUCAUUGAGGCCCCUGCGGAUGCUGAAGCACACGAAGGGACCACCCUGAGGCUGCCAUGUCGCGCCCAGGGACGUCCCAAGGCAAGAAUAGUGUGGGAUCGUGUUGGUGCCCGUGUGGAUGCUUCGCAGCUCCUUGAGCUUGACACAACGCAAGAUGAAUUGCUGGCAAGGGCAAAAAUUAUGAGUCUUCGUUCGAAGCGUGAACGACUCCAUCCCAAUGCCACCCUUGCCCCAGAGUCUUCCCCAGCUCCACGUACCCGAAGGGAUACUUCGGGGAAUCUCGCCGGAGACCGUGUUCUCGAGGCGGAAUUUUUGCAAAUAAUGCGUGAUCAGGAGGACGACGAUCUUCAGGAUGAUCCACCAACGUGGCUUCGAACUUUCGACUUAAGCUCAAAGCGCGUCAAGAGGAGCGAAGGUGAAGAAGAGGUUGAAGAUAGCCCAGAAGAUGGUACCAGUGAUGCCACAUCCGUUCUCUUCUUCUCAACACCCCUACCCAGUGAUGUGAGUCGCCUGGAAGUGGAUGAGAAUGGUGAAUUAAUCCUCCGAGAUGUAACACAGCACCAUCAGGGGUGGUAUGCCUGUGCAGCCCUCAAUGAAGCCGGUAGCGUCGUCAAGCGCGUCUUUGUGCGCAUCCUUGCCCCCGGUGUGGCGGAAGGACAAUCCCCACAGCCACUGGAACCCGUGAGUAGUCGCUGGGGGACUGAUCAAACGGUCCUCGUGAGCUCUGUGCGUGGUGCCACGUCUCAAGCACUCGAUGUCACGUGGGACAUCACGAGUGAUUCACCCCCAGCCACCGUGCUCACCCUCCACUACCGCCCAGCAGCUGAUGGUGGGGACUUUGUCACGAGUAGUGCCCCAUUGAGUGCCAAGAGGCAUCGUAUUGAUGAUCUGCGAGCGCACACGGAGUACGAGGUGUUUGCAACUGUUCCCGGUGGCCUUGGGGGUAGUAUAUCAAACAUCCGGACGGGAAUGACGCUCGAUGGGGCACCAUCGGCACCCCCAACUGAUGUACGGGUGGGUGUGAUCAAUACAACAGCAGCGUACGUGAGGUGGUCACCGCCACCGCAGCAUUUGCUCAAUGGGGAGCUAACGGGGUACAAUAUACAAAUAAAGUCCAACACGACCAACAAGAUCCUCGGACAGAUGUCACUGAACGCCUCUACACAGUCCGUUGUGAUUAACAGCCUGAUUCCGGGUGGGCGUUACAUUGCGAGUGUGGCCUCCCUGACAGCGGGUGGUUUGGGACCCUACAGCCCCCCAGCUGCCCUUCAUAUGGAUCCUUCCUACAUACCGCGACCUCCGAGAACGGAUCCAGCUGCCAAUGGAUGGUCAUCGAUGUGGAUGUCAGGAAUUGUUCUUGGUAUCCUGGGCGUGGGGCUUUCAGGUGGUGCCAUAUUUGCUCUGUACUGGGCCAAGAGGAAUAAACGUAUCAUGAAAGCAUCCUAUCCGGGUCCAAUGUUAACUGCAACACUCCCGGAUAAACAGCACACACUGUGGCUCCAUGGGAAUCCCAUGAUAAAGCCAACGCAUUCCCUGGCACCACCAGCUGCUUCGGAAUAUGCCGAAGUGACGCCUACGAAUCACCUGCAGAAGCCUCCGUUGCCCAAUUCAGCUCCACCAGAGCCCUAUGCCACGGUUACGCUGCAACGGGGCACAUCAGGAGCUUCCGAUGAUACGUGCGCCAAGUGCUCAGCUAGUCCCAGCUCAAGUGAAUACAAUGCACCACUGAGGGAGCCAAUGAAUCUGUGUGAGAUGCUCCCACCACCACCGGAUCAUCCGUAUGGGGCGUACAAGCCACCCAACAAUAUGACCAUUCGCACAAAUCCAACAGCAAUGUCCCCCCAGGUGAUGCGACGUGUACCACCUACGCCGCCACGAUGGGGUACACUGCCGCCGCCAAUCCCGAGCUUCCCACAGACAUGGUGUCAGCGUCGCCCAGACGGACCAGGCUCAGGAGAUUUCUUCCCAGAGGAGAAUGACUACGAGAGUGGAUCUGUACUGUAUGAGCAAUGCUGCCGCCCUGAGGACCAGAACUACUUCCACGGCAUCGAACCCACCGAGGAGUACUACCGCAAUGUCAACAUGGAGUUCUUCGAGGACCAAGAAUUCGAGCCAAGCACCCCGCCGCCACCGUGCCCAUCGGAUGCGUAUGCAUCCAAAAUCAGCGCAAAUAUGCGCCUAAUAGCCAAUGGGAGUGUCGUUGAGGCGGGCCAGCUGAAGCGGCCACAGCCGCGUAGCCAUCAGGGCAGCACAACGCAGAGUGCCCAUAGUUCGGACGAUGAGAGUGAGAGUGACAACCGGUGGGCCCCGCGAUCGAGACGCAGCCGGUCCCGGUCGAAAAGUGGCGACCGGAAGUACAGAAAUGGCGGCCACAUCCGAUAAAAAUUGCACAACACGACUGAUUUUUUACACCCCCACGACACUUUUUUAAAUGUGUAUUUUUGACCUCAAUUAAAUGGCCACACAACAUAUGAAUCGCAAUGUGAAGGCAAGAGGGUCCAAAAGGGAGGUAACAAAGGGGGACCCAAUGAUCCCAAAUACGGGCCUGGAGUUUUUUUUUCUAAAUUAGAAAUCUUAAAGAAAUGAAUUUUAAUGCAUUUUUCAUUUAAAAUUCUUUACAAGAAUUAUUUGUUUUGCAUUUUACUGCUAAAAAAUGAUUUUAUUAAUUUAAAAAUAUUUUUUAUUCGGAAUAAAUAAAUCUGCUGACAGAAUAAAAUUAAUUUGCUUACAAAAUUGAAAAAAUACUAUUUUGAAAUAUUUUUGAAAAAGCAUAAGAAAGAAUCAGUUGAAAGAGUUAAAUAUUCUGCUGACAGAAUAAAGUAUUCAACUAACCAAAUAAAUGAAUCUGCUUACUGAUUAAAAAAAAUUCUUUUAACAGAAUAAAGGAAUCCGUUAAUUGAUUGAAAUAUUUUACUUACAAAAUUGAAUAUCUUAGCUGAAUUAUGAAAAUCUGAAGAUAAAAUUAAUUUGCUUACAGAAUAAAAUAAACUGCUGACAGAAUAAAAUAUUUAGUUGGCCCAUAAUCCGGAUGAUUCUCAAUCAUUUUCAUUUUUUUAAUAGUUUCAAUCUGAAAUAAUAUUUGUCAAACCAAAUAUUAAGCUAACAAAUUAUAAAAAAACAAUGCUUACAGAAUAAUCUUGUGUGCUUACAGAAUAAAAUAAUCAGGGAACAGAAUAUAAAAAAAUCUACUGACAAAUUUUAAUAUUUAUGUCAAUAUAAUAACCCCCUUUACUUGCUAAAUAAAAUAUUCUGUCAAAAGAAUAAAAAAAUCUAUGACAGAAUAGGAAUAUUACCAGACAAAGAGAAUAAAAAUUAUUUACCUACUGAAAAGAAUUUAAAAAAAAAAUCUCUUACAGUUGAAGAGUUUAUUCCGAAUUAAAAAAUAUAUAUUCCGAACCCUUCAAUUUAUUCGGAAUAUGUUUUUUUCUUUCAAUAGUUUUGCCUUAAAUUUCUCAUUUCCUUUGCGCCCUUUAUGCCUUUGCAUUGCCACAAAAUUCCACACUGCGAAAGAAAAACCUCAUUUUGGCCCCAUUUGGCCGUUUAUUUGUAAAAUAGAACGUCUUGUUUGUUUUUUUUUUGUCUUGUAAUUAUAAAAGAUUUUUUACAAAGAAAUAUAAAUAUUUAGCGUUAUGAGUGCUGAUUUUUUGUAUUUUAUCAUAAGUUUAAUGCGUAAAUAAUUAAUUUAUAAAAUAUCAUUUUUUUUUAAUGAAAAUAAUAUAUAAUUGAUAGAUUUUUUAAAGAGGUGAAAGUUUUUUAAGAAAAUAUUUAAUACAAAUUAAAAAAAAAAUUGUAUGAACAUUCGGUUCUACAGAUACACACACAAAUAUACAAAGAAAAAAAAUGCCCUUUCAUGACAAAAAAAAUCAUAAAAAAACAUCAAAAAUUUUUCUUUUUUUAAGAAACGCGAGAGAAAAGUUUUAGGAAAUAAGAAAAUUAAUAAAAAAAAUUGUUGAUAAAGAAUGUAAAAAAAGUAGUUGGAGAAAGGUCUUAAUUUUUUGCCUUAAAAGCAUUAAAAAAUAACAUUUAUUAAGAAGAAAAAAGAUGAUAUUCAUAUUAUACACAAUCCAACAAAAAAUAAUAAAUAAAUAUUUAUCUAUUAUGAAGGAAAAAAAGACUCAACUAGAAAAAAAAUGCAAAAUGUUAAAAUGAUUACUCAAUAAACUCCAAAGUCCCUCCUUUUUUUUUCUUUUAUCUUGCAUUGAGAAAUAGAAAAUUCUUUUAAAAAUCUCUCAUUGCAGAUAUUUGUUGGUCAGUUAAAAGUUUUAUUUGACAGUAACAAAAAUAUUUUGCACAGUAAGUUUUUUUAAUUAAUUUCAACAAACUCCGCUUAAUUCCCUUGAAUCUAACCUCAUUCUCUCAAAGCAAUUAUAUAAAAAAUACCUAACAAUAAAUUUCUCCUCUGUUUUCUUAAAUUUAAUUAACUGCUCUGCUAAAAGGAUGUAAAAUUAACAAAAAAACUGUACAUAAUCUAAAAUUGAAUGCAAAAAGCGAAAAAAAAUAUUCAGAUGCCUCCUCUGUAAAUAAAUAAAUAAAAUAAAAAUGAAAAUGCAUCAAGAAACCUAACCUAAAUCUAAAAUGAAAGUGACUAAAUAAUUAUUCUAUCAAAUAACUUGUACUAUAAAGAAAAAUAUCAAUAAAAAAUAGAAGAAUGUAUAAAUGAAAAAAAAACUAAAAAAUGCAUUUAUUUAUAUUAUUACAAAAAAUGGUAAUUAUAUUUAAAAAUAAAAAGUUGAGGUUAAGUUUUGAGAAAAGAAAAUUAUUCCUUCAUUUUUUUGGGAAUGUCUUUGAGGUUAUGUCAACAAUUUUUUCCACACAAACAUAUCGAAAACUGACAAGAUUAGUUUACAAAAAAAAAUAAAUUCUUCAAAUUUCCUUUAUCAGACUUCAUUGCGCGUGAGAAUUCAUGCAAAAACCAUAUCUAAUAUUUUUUAAAAUAUUAAAACUUACUAAACAAAAUGUGACAGAUGAAAAUGCCAGUUUAAUAGGAAAUAUAAUUAAUUAAAAGAAGUGAAAUGAAAAAAAAAUAUUUAGAAAUGUCUUUAAAAAAGAUUCAAAGAGAGAUUCUAAACAUAAUCAGUUAUAUAGUUACCAUUUUGACAUCAAUCGCAAGUAUUAUUUUGUAGAGAUUUUCAUUCACAAAAAAAAGGAAAACAAACUUUGCUGAUCUGAAAAUUUAAAUGAAAACUAAACUCUUCAUCUUUGUUUCUUCAUUGUCCUUUAAUUUUUUUGUAAAGAAAAAAAUGUCAGCCAUUGAAAGAAAGCGUCAGUGGACGCCAUUUUGCAAUCAGCUGAUUAGUUUCCAUGGCGCCUUUUGCAGAAAAGAGACAAAUAAAUGAAAAGCAUGGCAAUGUAUAGAGAACAAAGCAAAAUGUUACUGAAUCCUUCCUCCUGGGAGUGCCAAGAAUCGCGUGUGCAGUGAAUGGAUAAUAAAAAAAAUGGACGAAAAGAGGCAAACUUCGAGUUAACUUUGUAACAAAAAUUGAAAUAAUUUUCAACUCUCCCAUCCCCCCAAAAGAAAUGUAAGAAAUUUUGUGAGAAUGAUAAAAGUGGACAAAGAUAAAAAACGUCGAAUGAGGAUGAUACAAAAUAAAAAUGCUAAAUAAACUUUAUUACUUAUAAAAAA